GCCAGCUCAGUCAAGCUCCAACCACCGCAGUGAACGAUCGUGUACACUUGUGCCGCGAAACAAAUACGAUAACUUACUUACUAUUCAAAAUAAACAAAAUUUUAAUUCAGUUGUAAACAAAUAAUAUGACAACGUAAUAUUAAGUGAAGCCGCGAUGUCCUUUUGUAGAAUAACGGGCCGCAGCAGGGGUCUGCCCAAACCCAACUACUUCCCGCUCCUCGCGCCGAUCUCUCCGGCGGAUGCCAAGCGCUGCUGCAGGAUCACCGGCAAAUCAUACGGUUUGCCAACUCAUCACUACAUUCCAGUGCUUUUGACGGCGAGUUCUUCCAAAACAAAGUGCAAAAUAACAAAUGUGGCUGGUGAACUUGGACCCCACCAUUAUGCGCCAGAAAUUAACUAUGGCAACAGAAAACAUGACCUGCUCCCGGAUUACAGAUACAUAUUCCCUAUUCUUGACGGAUCUACUGAAGCUCAAAAAGCAUUAAUGGAUAUGUUAUUAACCAAACAAGUUACCGAAGAAAAGCGAUACGUUUAUACUGUUCAAGAAAGACGCUGUGGCUUAGUGUUCUCCGCUCGUAUGGAAGCUGCCGUGCGCGAUGGAGAUGUCAGGGAUGUGAUGCUCGCCAAGGAUUCUGAUACUGUUCUUAUAAAAACAAAACAGGGUCGAAGUGUUUCCAUGGACUUUAAAGAUUUUACCGAAGACGUAGAAAUGUAUGAAGGAGAAGGACCGAAUGCGGAAGUGCUCAAGCAGAGGGAGCAAGAAGAACUUGAAGAAAGGAAAAAGAAACGAAAACGAGCAGCGGGAUUAUCCUCAAUGAAAAAAAUAUUUGAAACUAAGGAAAAACUUGCAGAAGUUCAAGAAAUAGAAGAAGAAAUACUUCGUCAAGAUCGUUUGGCCAAAAAAGCUAAACUAGAAAAAAUAAAACAUGAAAAACAUGACACAAAGAGCUAUUUGUGUGACAAUUUUAGCAUAAACGAAAUGCGAUCCAAAUCUAGCAUUACUGUGUGUAACGGAGAAUGGAAAGAUCAAAUACAUCCACUGAUGGAAACGUGGGAUUGGGACUUACUCGAAAAAGAUACGAAAGAUGAGCAUUUUAUUCCUAGGAGCACAACAUUACCUUCACCAGUUAAAAUAACACCUUAUCAUUGUGAAACGGAAGUAUACCAAGUUGAUAGAAAUAUUAGUGAAGUGACCAUACCUCUGGAAAACGUUCCUAGUGUAAACCCUUUAAAACCGGUCAAAAACCGGCCAUGUGAAACGAUAUUACAAGCUGUGAAGGAGCUUUCGCAGGAGCGCUUAACUGAAACUUCUGAUGUGACUGAAAAACUGUUCGAAGAAAAUAAAUUAGACAUGUUGCCCACUUUAGAAACUUUACCUAAUGUUGUGAAGAACAUUAAAAAAGGUAAAAGGGAAAAAAUCGCUAAAAUAUCGGGACUCACAUUAGAUAUUAAUAAGGCAAAAACCUUUAUUCCUGGGCAACAUAUAAAUACACCUCAAGGAUUGGUUUUCGUUCCCGGCCAGACUGUCGAAACCCCAGUAGGACCUGUUUUUGUACCAGGUUUAAGUGUAAACACGCCUGCUGGCCCCGGUCUUAUUCCUGGCCACAUAGUAACAUCAGAAAAUACACAAGAGCCAUUCUUCCUUGCCGGCCAAGUUUUACAGACAACAAAUGGCGAAGAAUUUGUUUGUGGACAGACUAUUAAAAAUAAAGACACAUAUCGCUUCACAGAAGGCCAAACGGUUUUGUCAGAAGAAGGUCUUAAAUUUGUACCAGGCAAAGUUAUUAAUAAUGGACCCGAAGAAAUAUUUGUACCGGGUCAAACAAUUUUAACACCAGAUGGUGCGCAAUUUAUUCCCGGUCAAACAAUUACAGAAAAUGGAGAAAUAUCAUUCACACCGGGGCAAAAUGCUAAAAUAAAUAAUGAAUGGCAGUUUGUUCCAGGACAAGUUGUACAUCAAGAUGAUGAAUUACAUUUCGUUCCUGGAGCGACUUUGGCAACACCAAAUGGUCUAAAAUUUGUACCAGGCCAAACUGUCCUUAGUGAUGGUGAGGCAUGUUUCGUACCGGGAAUCACAAAAACGACUAAUAAUGGGUUAGAAUUUAUACCAGGCACUACCGUUGAAACGAUCGACGGACCAAAAUUCAUUGAAGGUCAGAUCGUGCAUACAGACUACGGGCAAAAGUUUUUACCAGGAAAAACAAUCGUUCAAGCUAAUGGACAUGUUGAAUUUUCUGUUGCAAAAUCUAUUGAUGAUAUCAAUUUUACUGAAGGUGCUCCCGUAGGUUUGCCAAUAGAUAUUAAAACUUGUUCUGUAUCCGAAGAGUCUCUAUAUGUUUUUGGCCAUAUGGUACAAACUGUUAAAGGCAUUGAAUUUUAUCCCGGCCCUAAAAUGCCUAAAAUAGAAGGUAAAGUUGUUCCAGGAAGACUUGUCAAAAACGGAUUAAAUGAGUCUCGUUUUGUGCCCGGUAUGAUGGUCGAGGGAAUUUUUGUACCGGGACAAAUCGUGUUUACAGAGAACGGUGAGCAAUUUGUUCCAGGACAAGUUGUUGAUACGGCAGAAGGGCCCAAAUUUGUACCGGGUCAAGUUGUCAAUACAAAGAGUGGUGCAAAAUUCGUUCCUGGUCAAACCAUUCAUACUAUCGACGGGCCUCGUUUCGUUCCUGGUCAAAUAAUUGAAACAAAAGCUGGUCCUACAUUUAUACCUGGUCAAGUGAUUUGGACUGAAGAUGAAGGGUCACGAUUUGUUCCUGGUCAAGUUGUUGAUACCGAAGAAGGCCCAAGAUUUGUUCCAGGUAGAGUUAUUGAAACAGAAGAUAAUGGCGUAACCUUUGUACCAGGGCAAAUUGUACAGACACCUGAAGGUCUAAAGUUCGUUGCUCCAGAUCUGACUGAAGGAGAAGAGGGAUUAGAAUUCUCUGUGCAAAGUUUUGUUGUUACACCUGAAGAACUCAAACUUUUGAAGGUGAGAACUAACCCAAAUGACACUACAUCUACAAAAGGUGAACUUACAAUUGACACAAACAUGUUACGUCAAUUAUCUGAAGCUGGCAUGUCGAUAGGUAGACAAGUUCCCGCUGAUCUACCUGCAAUAAAUAUUAUAUUAAACCAAACAAGGAAUGCUGAGGCAUUGAAAGCUUUUAUUACUGAUUAUGGUUUAAAAGAUGACAUUGCUAAUCAACUAAUGGAGAUUAUUACGUCGAUAAUUGAUAUGAGUGGUCAUUUGAAGACUGAUAUUUAUGAAAGCAAAGUAGAAAAUGACUCCAAAAAAGGCAGAUUUAAUAAAAAACGACUUGAUAGCUACAAAUACGAAGAUGAACAAGAUGUGCAGCAGGAAAAUGUUAAAAAUUCAAUCGCAGCAGCAGUUUUGGCAGCCCUAGUUACAGCUGAGCAGUUUGAAGAAAUAAACAAUAAUAACAGCAGAGAAAAAUAUCAACUAAUCUUAAAAUCUAUCGACACUAUAUUGGGACAAGCUAUUGAUGAAAAUUUUGUAUCGGCUAUGUAUAAAAUUCUUCAAACGGAGGAAAGUAAAGAAACGCUUCGAGAAGAAAUUCUUGAAAACUCUUCGAAACAAAAGAUAGAAUUAAUUAAAAUUGCUUUAAACAGUACAUUACACAAACAUUCCCUGGAAGAAGAAGAUAUAAUUGAAAAGUUUUGUGACUUUCUGAGCAGCGAAAAUGAAGUCUUGGGUCCUGCCUUUAAAAAUAUCACUAAAAACGAUGCAAGCGUUCUCCGCCACGUACUUAAACAUAUCUCCGAGUCCAUUUCCUUUAUUAAAACUGAUAAUGAAGCUGCGGAAACUCUCCAAAAAGUGAUUGUGUCCGCGGUUCAAGAGAACAGUACGAAAGAACUAGAAAACAUUUUACAAGAAGCUGAAUCAAGUGACAUUAAGCAAUUGAUUGGACAAUCAAUCGGUCUCGCUCGAGUACUUGGCAUGCAUGAUGUGGUCAAAAAGUUAUCAAGUACUCUUGAAAAUGAGACAAACUUAGCUAAUCUAUCCAACGACGCCGAAAGUAUGAACAUUUUAAAAAGGGUAACAGUUAUGAGGAAACUUGCAGAUAAAACGUCUAGUUUAUACUCUGCUCUACAAAAACUAGAAAAUGAUCCACAGCUCGCUCGUACAGAUCCCAAAUUAAGGGAUUUAGUACGAGAAAGCGCUGCUCUAAUGAUCAUACCUGAAGAUCGGCCUUUAAUGACUUCUGAUGAGGUUCCAUUAAGUUUGCUUCAGCCCGAAAACAGUUUAGCUAUGGAAGACUUUUUGUUCCAACGCAAGAAACAUCGGGGAGCGUUAUUGAUAAUGAAGAAAGGCUUGCAGGCUGUGGUGCCUCGCGAAGCGAGUCGGUCAGUUCUGACCGGUGAAGUAGCCUACACAGUUCUCGAUGAAAAUGGCAUAAGACACUUUGAACCGCUCCACGUAUUCUCAGCAUUAAAUCUUAGCAAACCUAUCGCACAUCGUUUUAGUAUGUACAGCUGUCCAGUCGUAGAUGACAACGAGGAGGACCUUCAAACAUUUACUGGCUAUUGUAAUAUAAGUAACAGUCAAAGAAUAACCAAGUUCGGUGGAUGGAACCGACGGUACAGCGGUGUACAUGACAGAGAAAACACACGAAGCAGAGUAAGCAGUUUGGACAAUACACCCAGUUACAGACGUUACUCCUCAAGAUCAUUAACUAGAUCUAGGUCUACUUGUAGCAAAAGCCCACCUAAGGUAGAGGAUGUAGUCGUGGCGCCGUGUGACUACACCGCCACAGCCGAUGAUGAAGUGUCGCUAAAGACCGGCGACAUUGUCGAGGUUCUCGACACAAAGUCCGCCCCCGGGGCAAAGAAGCCGCGUGUGGACCACGAGCUAGACGUCAGUGCACAACUCCUCGACGCCUCGGCAGCUAAACACAAACUCGCCGUGCGACCGAAGAAAAAUCAUCCGAAAAGAACGAAGAAUGCGAACGAGAAUGGAGAAAGAUGGCUGGUGCGUGUGGUCGAAGACGUGCAGGAGGGGCAACUGCGCACGCGCCAAGGCUUGGUGCCAGCCAGCUUGCUCAAGGAGAAGCGCCCCGAAGCUGACCAGAUAGCAAUCGCCGCCAGGAGGCAGGCGGUGGUGCGCGAGCUGAUCGAGACGGAGGAGGAGUUCGGACGCGACAUGCGGCAGGUGGCAGCACGCUACAUGCGCCCGCUGGACAAGGCGCACACACCGAAGCCAGUCUUUGAAAACCGUGAACUGCUCUUCUCUAAUUUCCGGCAGAUCUGCGAGUUCCAUAACACCUCGUUGUUGGAGGGGCUAAAGUACUACGCGGGGGAGCCGCGGCUGCUGGGACGCGCGCUGCUGCGCAUGGAACGAGAGUUCGACAAGCACGCUGCCUACUGCCGCGACGAGCCGCGGGCGCAGCGCCUGCUCGCUACAGACCCUGUCGUUAACAAAUACUUCCAGAACAUAGCGGAUAAGAUCGGCGACGACAAAGGCCUUGCGGAACACCUAAAGCUUCCCAUACAGCGGAUCAACGAUUACCAACUACUAUUGAAGGAACUUGUUAAAUAUUCGAAACGUCUCGGCGAAGAUUGCAACGACCUACAGAACGCUCUCGAACUCUUCCUCGGCGUACCGAACCGCGCCACAGACAACAAAUUCAUAUCGAGCAUCGAGGGCUAUAGAGGGAACAUCUACAAGCUCGGACGCCUCCUCACACACGACUGGUUCACUGUCACCGUCGAAGGGAAGUCCAGAGAACGAUAUCUAUUUCUGUUCAAAGCCAGGGUCCUCAUCUGCAAAGUCAAGAGGAUCGAAGACGACAGAUCGGUGUUUGUUCUUAAACAUAUUAUCAGGCUUCCCGACGCUGAAGUUCAGGACUAUCCAGGCGACAAGCUAAAGUUCGAGCUUCACCAAAAAUCCCCACAGCUAGUGUUCGUGCUCGCCGCACACAAGGAGGCCGUCAAGACCAACUGGCUCAAGGAGAUUAGACAACACUCUAAAGACGUUGUUGCUUUAGCUGAACACGCUGCUGACGAUCUUCAAGUGUUAUCACAAGAACAACCAACAUCAGAACAUCUCUCGCCUGAACCCGAAGACAAAAAAAUAAAACGGAAACAUACAGAAGAAGACCAGAAGCAAGAAAAGAAGUCUCGAGCUGAAGAACUUGAAGUAGCCGAGAUACUUACUAGACAAGAGUCUCUUGAGGUGUUGCAAACUAAACGGAAAGCGUCUGUAGAAAGCGCUCAAACUAAUAAAAUUGCAAGGACCGACAUACAAGAGUUAUCUUAUAUUAACGAAAGUCAAGACACAGACACGGCCGACAACAAAAGUAAAGUCACAGCCGAUUUUGAAAUUAAAUCAUCUGUGACUAUACAUGAAAGCGAAACUUGUGAGGUACAAUCAUCAUCUCUUUCCGACCCUACUGUAUUAACAGUAGAAGAAGGAAAAAUAUCUCAACCGGGUAAGAUUUCCAGAGAUAAAAGAGCAUCUAAGAGGAUUAAAAUAAAACCUGAGGGUGAAUUAGUAGACGCUUCAAGUAACGUCGCCUUUUCACGAACUGAGAAAUUAGAGACAGAAGGAGACGUAACCUCGGCAACUGCUAGAUCUGAAGUUGAUAUACAAAGUGAGGAAACAUACAUAGUUCCACCUGAAGUCUCUGAACAUCCGAAAGCGGGAUUGUUUGUGCAAGAAGAGUCAUCUUCAGUUUCACUAUCCAAACAAACUAAAGUAACUUUUGAAAGUUCGUUAGGAGAACAAACAUCUCAAACUACUUUGCAAGUAUCCACUGAACAAAACUCACAGUCUAAUCCGGUCAGUGAAAGUCAGACGAGAACAGGUCAAAAAGUAUCUUUUGAAUUAAAAUCUAAUCAAAAAGACAGUGAAUCAAUAGCUGAAUCCAUUGAAAACACUGAUAUUAAGAAUAAAUUACAAAAAGAUACUAGAAGAUCUAUUUCGCGGAAAGCGUCCCGACAAACAUCUUUAGUUGAUAAAUCUGAAUUAACAGAGGAGGUAUCUUUUAACAAAGAUAACCAAACGCAACAGCAAAAUACUGUUACUGCCGUAACAAAGGCUACUCUUUCAUCUACUGCAUCGAGUGAUAAAAAUAGUGACUCAGAGUUGGUGAGAACUGCUAAUGAAAGUGUGCGAUCUCACGAAACAUAUCAAGGUGAAGAAAAGUCUGUAGAAGUUAGUGCAGCUGGAGCUGCUGAGUUUGAGCCAACAGCAGUGAGAAGCAGUCAAACUGUAACCGCCGAAGAAAACGUCGAAGACGAGAUGUCGAGGUAUAAUAGUCGUAGUUCGAGAACUUCUGGAGAAUAUUCCAGUAGCACUCGAAAAUUAUCAAGUGGUGGUCGGUAUGAAUCUUCUACCGGAACCAGCAUGUCUUCUUACUCCAGACGUGAGAGUGGAUCACGCAUUGAAAGCGGAAAAUAUGAAGCUGGUGGAACUAUUGAGGGCAUAAGUUCCUCUAAAUAUGAGUCGAAAUAUUCGAGUGCCAGCGCUCGAGUCGAGGGCGGAAGUGCCUACGGUAUUGAAUCUAGCUACGACAGUAAGACCGAAGGAGGCUCGAAAUAUGCCAUUGAAUCAAAUUAUGAAACUUCUAGUAAAAUCGAUAGCAUAGCUUCUAAGUAUGGCAUCGAUGCAAAUGGCAGGAUCGAAGGCCGGUCCUCAAAGUAUAGCAUUGAGAGCAGCUACGAUGGAGAAAAAACUGACGGUGGAGAUAAAAUUGAAUCUUCUUACGAAACAACAAGUAAAAUCGAUAGCAUCGCUUCCAAAUACGGUCGCGAUCUCAAUGGCAGGGCCGAAGGACGUUCGACGAGAUUUAGUAUAGAUGCAAGCUAUGACGGAGAAAAGAUUGACGGUGAAUCUAAAUACGAGUCCACUUAUGACAAAUCGAAGAAUGGAGAGUCUUCCUACGAAAGAAAAUAUUCAAAAACGUCUUUAUCUAAUGGCUCCGUGACUAGUGAUUUCGAGUCUUCAAGGUCUGUAAAGAAAUCAGAGUCGAUCGACGGAAAACCAAUUUUCACGAAGACCAUUGAAGGGCAGAACAUCGAACCGGGUGAAAAUGCGGCGUUCGAAUGUUCUCUUCACGAAUCCGAGGAAGUGAAGGUGACUUGGCUAAAAGACAACAAGCCGCUGACCGACCGCCUGAUGGACCGUUGCUCCAUCACCUCAAUAGAUGGAGCUUUCAGGCUGAAGCUCAUGCACUGCAGGGAAGACGACGCCGGCACUUACACCGCCAUUGCGGAGAAUAAGAAGGGCAAUGCCCAUUGCACAGCUCAGUUAGUCGUCCAGGAGUUAACUCCGGAAGAAAGGAAAGAAAGAAAUGCUCUUAACGCGCCUUACUUUUUGGUGGCGCUGAAAGAUACUGAGAUUUUGGAAAACACUUACCUACGCUUCAUGGUGAGGGUCAAGGGUGACCCCAAUCCAACGGUUAAAUUCUACCGCGACGGCAAAGAGAUAGUGACUCGUUCUGAAAACGACCGCGUGUCUAUAGUGCGCACGCGCGCCGAGCACGGCUCCUACGAGCUGGUGAUCGCCGACGUGCAGCCCGGUGACGCCGGUAUCUACGCUUGUCGCGCCAUGAACAUCUACGGUGAAGUGGAGACUGAAGCUAAAGUCACCGUUGUUGAUGAUAAGAAUAUAUUUGGAGAAUUGCUCCCGGGCGGUGAAGGAUUGCUGGCGAAAGGAGAAAAAGCCACAUUCACAUGGAAAAGAGAUGGACAACCUUUCGAUCCCGAAGAAAGAUUCAAGGUGCUGCUGGGUGAUGACGAGGACUCGCUGGCGCUGGUGUUCCAGCAUGUGAAGCCGGAGGAUGCCGGCCUCUACACCUGCGUCGCCAAGACAAGUACUGGCAAUAUCUCAUGCUCCGCAGAGCUCACCGUACAAGGUGCGGUCCACGAGCUGCACCGGGAGCCGGAGAAGCCGACGCUGGUGAUCGAGCAUCGGCAGGCCGUGGUGGCGGCCGGCGGCUCCGCCAUGCUGGAGCUGCAGUGCAAGGGCUACCCCAAACCCAACGUCGUCUUCAAGCACGACGGACAGGUUGUGGAGCCCGACACCAGGCACAAGUUCCUGUACGAGGACGAGGAGUCGAUGUCGCUAGUUAUUAAGAACGUGACUGCGGCGGACGCGGGCGAGUACCAGGUGACUGCCAGCAACGAGCUCGGCGAGGACACCACCGUUAUGCACCUCCUCGUCAAAGACGCGCCCAGGAUCAAGAAGAAGAUUGAGAACCAGUCCUGUAUGGUGGGUGACACGCACACGGUGACAGUAGAGGUAGAGGGCACGCCAAUCCCGGAGGUCAGCUUCUACAAAGACGGCGCAGAGCUGAAGAGCUCUGAGCGGAUUGUCAUCGUCAAGGAGUCCGACUACGUCCACAAGAUCACCAUCAAGGACGCCAAGCUUACGGACACUGGAUCUUAUUCAGUCGUCGCUAAAAACGAGGUGAACCAGUGCUCGGACUUCUGGCAGUGGCACGUGUCCUCCGCGCCCAAGAUUGUGAAGAAGCUGGGCGGCUCCAAGGUCUGCGAGGAGAAAGAGACCGUCACCUUCAAGAUAGAGACCGAAUCCGAUCCAGCGCCCGAUGUUAAAUGGUUCAAAAACAAGACGGAACUUAAGGAGUCAUCGACGAUUAAGAUAUCAUCAUCAGGCGAGGCUCACUCGCUGGUCAUAACCUCCGCCGCGCGCGCCGACGCCGGCGAGUACUCCUGCGAAGUCCGCAACGUGCACGGGUCAGCGAGCGAUUCGUGCGUGCUGAACGUGCGAUGCGCGCCGCAGUUCCGGCAGCGGUUGCGUGACGUCACCGCCAGCGAGGGUGACGUCAACGUAGAGUUCACCGUCGACGUGGAGGCGUACCCCGAGCCCAAAGUGCAAUGGUACUUGGGUGAUGUGGAGAUAACCGAGAAGAAGUCGGUGUACACGCGCGUGGACAACGGCAGCUCGCACAAGCUGAUCCUGAAGGAGGUGUCGGCUGAGAUGUCCGGCCAGUACUCCUGCAAGGUCACCAACGACCUCGGCAGCGACUCCUGCCACGCCACAUUCACUGUCAAUAGGAAGCCACGGAUCACAAAGAGCUUAGUAGACAUGACCGUGGAUGCUGGACAGACUCUGAAGUUGGAGGUGGAAGUGGAAGGCUGCCCCGAGCCCAAGGUCAAGUGGUACAAAGACGGCAAAGAAGUCACUACCGAUGCUAGAAUCAAGAUAGAACGAGACACGAAAAGAUUGGAGAACUAUAACUUAACAGUAACGCUUGUGAAGGAAGAAGACGGCGGAGAGUACGAAGUUAGAGCUGAAAACGAAAUGGGUAGUGUGAGCUCCAAGAGUACUGUCACCGUACACACUAAAGAAGUUCAUUCAAGAUUCAAAAAAGAAACAAUGCUUGAAAAAGAAGUCGACGAAGAUAGAAAACCUAAAAAGCAAGAAACAAAAGAACUUAUUGAGGACGAUAAAGACACGGCAACUGUCAAGAAAACAAAAACGGAAAAGAUUGAAGAAAAACUUGUUGACGAUACUGAAAAGAACGUUAGAUUCGAAAAUACUGAGGAGCAAACAGCUGACAAAGCUAAAAAGUCGCACUCCGAACCAGAAAUAGCAGAAGAGAAAUCAUUUUGGGAUGAAAUUGAUGACGGCGUCAAAGCUAAGGAAACCACAGUUAAUGAUUCUGAUAUACAACCAGAACAAGCGAAACAUACAUUUUCAGAACCGGAAGUAGAAGAAGAGAAAUCAUUCUGGGAUGACGUUGAAGACGAUAUCAAACCUAGGAAAACAAAACAGCCAUUCUCGGAAGCAGAACCAAUAGAACAAAAGUCAAUAUGGGACGAAAAUGUAGAUGAAAAUGCUAAAAAAGUAUUGGUAAAUGAAGUUACAAAUGAAGCUCAAAAAGUUAAAAGAUCAUUUUCUAAACCUGAAGUAGCUAAAGAAAGAUCUAGCGGAAAUGAUGACAUUGAAGAUCAAGCUAAAAUACCCCAUGUUGAAGAAAUACAAAACAAACCACAAAAGUCUAGAAAAUCAUUCUCAAAACCUGAUACAGUAGAAGAAAAAUCAUUUUGGGAUGAUGACACAGAAAAUAAAGAAACUAAGAGUGUAAAAGAACAAGAAGUAAUUGACAAACCACAAAAAGGAAAUAAGUCCUUUUCGGAACCUGAAGAAGCUGAAACUAAAUCGUUCUGGGAUGAAAUUAAAGACGAACAAAAUAACACUGUGCAAAUUGAUAGUAGCGAAAUAGAGCCCAGAAAAUCUAAGGAAUCAAUAGCAGAAAAGGAUAAUCAGCAAUUGAAAGACUUGGAUAAUGGUGAAGAAUCAAGUAGAAAAACUUUGCCAGAACCUGAAUCAGUCGAAACAAAAUCUUUUUGGGACGAUAAUGAAAGUGAACAAUCUCAAAAGUUACAAAUAGAUGAUUCAAGGGAAAAGCCUAUAACAUCUAGAAAAUCAAUCACAGACGCUGAAAACGCUGAAACAAAAUCAUUUUGGGAUGAAAAUGAAGGACAAAUUAAAAAACCUGUAAUUAGUGAUGUUAAAUCACCGAGAAAGUUAUUGGUAGAACCUGAAAAGGCAGAGGAUAAAUCCUUUGAUGAAGCUAACAAAAAUAUACAAGAAGAUGAAGCUCCGAAAUCUUGUACAAAAUCUGAAGUAUCCGAAGCAAAGAGCGCGUGGGAUACGAAUGAGAAUGAGAAAAAUGAAAAAAUAAAAAUUUCAGAAAUUCAAGAGGUGCCUGAUAAAUCUAAAAAAUCAUUUACUGCGUCAGAGCCCAUUGAAGAAAAAUCAAUAUGGGAUGAGAAAAAAGAUGAACAAAAUAAAAAGCCUGAAGUUAAAGAUAUAGAAAAUGAUAAACAAAAGAGUAACAAAGGAAUAACGGAACCUGAAAAUAUAACAGAAGUAAAAAUAGAAGAAGACUUGAAGCCUUCAAGACGUAAAUCUGUUAAAAAACAAUCUCUUAAAGAAGAACCGAUAAGUGCUGAAAAAGAAGGCCGAGUGUUCGAAACAAUAACCACGUUCAAGACAGGCGAGGACGGGUCUAUUGUAGUGUCUAAGGUCAGCAGCACCUGCUCCCACGGCGCCAUUAUCACAGGUCCUGCCGAAACACACACUUUGCAUAAAAUGACAUCGAAAUACUACGAUGAUGAUGAUGAGUGCACCAGAAAAGUUAUACCACCCAAUAAGCCACAUACUACUUCUUUAGAAGUAGAAGAAAUAGCAAGUCACAGCUAUUUCCUAUCCGAGAUGGGUUACUACACAGUACCGGACCAUGUUAGGAGAGGCACAUACGGUAUUAUAGAAGAACCGCAGACGGAUUCCGAUGCUGAUAGUUUGAGAUAUGGACGAUUUACCGGAAAUAGAACGGUUUCUAUCCAUUCCGUUUCGGAAGAUGAGAACAGCUUGUACAAUGAGUCAUUGUCGCGGGAAAUAUCAAUUGAAGAUUUAUCAAAAACGAUAUUUGAAAUAGAUGAAACUCGAAAAGUGUUCAGCAAAGACUCAUACGUUCGUCAGUCUUCUUUCAAGGAAGAUUACUUGACAAACGAGGGAGACGAGGAAUCUGUCAUAUUAACUGAAAAACGUGAAAAAGUUUUUGAAAAUGAUAUCACUGAAAAACUUAUAGAUAUUCGCAAAGAAUUCGAUGAAAAUGAAUUUAAGAAUAUUGAAGAAAAGGCUGACGAUGUUAAAAAUCGAAUUAUCGAGGAAUUAGUAAUAGGAGACAUAAUGAACCAUGACAACAUAACAAAAGACAUCGCCGAGACGACUGUGGAGAAAAAGAAAAAACAAAAUGGAAAACUAUUUUGCUUACAAGAAGAGGACGAUGGGGAAGUGGAAGCUUUGCUGAGACGCAGUCAGAGACAGAGAAGCAUAUUAGAUGAUAUUAUAAAUCAAGAAGAUGUAAAAGCACCUCCGAAACUGAAAGAGAGCAGCAUGAAAGACAGCAGUGUGUACGAAUCUCUACCUCUGGUGUUUACUGUGGAAGCGAGUGGGUCGCCGAAGCCCACGGUGCGCUGGCUGCACGACGGCAAAGAGGUCAAACCGGAUGCCAGGGUCCGCAUCACCAACGAUGGAGACCUGUACAAACUACAAGUGGAUAAGGCCGAACUCGGAGACGCCGGCAAAUGGCAGUGCGAGAUCAGCAAUAAUCUUGGAAAAGAUGUUCUUCAAGCAGAAAUUACUGUCAAACCCGAGAGCGAGCUCCGCAAGCCGAUCUUCAAGACGCCACUGGAAGCACAGCGCGUGAUGCAGCGCGAGCCGGUGACACUGCGCGCGGUGUGCACGGCGGACCCGCUGCCGCACGUCGCCUGGCUGCUUAAUGGCCACGAGCUCACCCCGGAUGCAACGCUGCUCAUCGACGCUGAGACCAAAGACAUCGAGCACGGACUCAAGGAGUGCGUCUUCACCCUUCGUAUUCCCACUGGUCGUCAUGCGGACACCGGUAUGUAUACUAUCCAAGCAAAGAACAAGUACGGAGUGGGCGAGUGCUCUGCGCGCCUCGACAUUCUGCUGCGGCCGGAAAUCGAGGGUCUGAAGGAUGUCACCGCCAUGCCUUACGAGGAGACCACCUUCAUCGCCAAGAUACAAGCCAACCCCAUCGCUGAAGUGCAAUGGAGCAAAGAUGGGUACGUCAUAAAGCCGUCAUCAAAGAUCGACAUAGAAGAGGACAAGGCAUCGGAAACGCACAAGCUGGUGGUGAAGAAGGUGACCCCGGAGGACGCCGGUGUGUACAGUGUCACCGCCAAAAAUGAGAUAGGGGAAGCCUCACAGCAGGCUAAGCUUACCAUACACACGGACAAGCCGGUGUUCACGAAGCCGCUGCAGAAGGAGACGGUGAAGGACUAUGCAGACUGCACCUUGAAGGUGCGCUGCGACGGCGUACCCAAGCCUGAGGUGCGCUGGUUCGUCAAUGACAAACAGGUGGUCAACGACGAGCGCCACACCGUCACCACGGAGGUCGGCGGUCAGGUCGACAGCGAGCUGGAGAUCAAACACUUCAAUCCAUCCGACGCUGGCAAGUAUGUGGUGCGCGCCGUGAGCCUGUCCGGCGAGGCGGAGUGCGAGGCGGUGAUCUCGCUGGCGCAGACGCCGCCUGGCUUCGCGCACAAGCUGGAGCGACAGAAGGACGUCGACGAGGGCGAACCUCUCGAACUCAAGGCCAAACUCGACGGCAGCCCCAUACCCACUGCCAAGUGGUACAAGGACGGCGCCCCGCUGCCCGCGGAGGACUCCCGCGUGAAGCAGAGCGCGCUGCCAGACGGCACUGUGAAGCUCAGCAUAGAGCACGUCACGCCCGCCGACUGCGGCGCCUACAAACUCGUCAUCACCAACCCCAACGGAGAGAACUCCGCGCUCUGCGCCGUUGCAGUCAACCCAACACCGCGCAAGCCGUCGUUCAGCGAGCCGCUGGAGGAUGUGAAGGCGGUGGUGGGGCAGCCGCUCAAGCUGCAGGCGCGAGUCAUGGCCUUCCCCGCGCCCGAAGUCAAGUGGUUCAAGGACGGUCUUCCGAUCCGUCCGUCGCAAGCCAUCAACUUCAUCAACCAGCCGGGUGGUGUGAUCGGACUGAGCAUCGACAGCUGCAGGCCGGAGGACGCGGGCCAGUACCAGCUCACCGUCGCCAACAAGCUCGGCGACGUCGAAUCCAAGGCCAAGGUCGAGGUCUUGCAGAAGGAGCGUAAGCCCGCCUUCGUCGCGGAACUCAUGCCCGUCAAGGUCAUCGAGGGAUUCCCUGCUAAACUGGAAGUUAAAGUGCUGGGACAUCCCCCGCCUGUCAUCAAAUGGACACACAAUGGUGAAGAGAUAGUUCCGGACGGCACGCGUGUCCGGGUAGUGACGCAGCCGGACGGCGCAAUAGCACUGCUCAUAGCCGAAGCCAAAGCGCCGGACGCCGGACAGUACGGCGUUAUCGCGGCCAAUGAUAAGGGAGAGACGUCUUGCACCGCCGAGCUCAGUGUUGCCAGUCGCGAGGAUGACUCGUCGCCACAAGAGAAGCCUCGCUUCGUGCACGGCCUGCGGGAGACGACGGCGGACGAGGGCCAGCCCCUGACCCUCAGCGCGCCCUUCGCUGGCAACCCUGUACCUGAAGUGGCCUGGACCAAGGACGGUCAGCCGCUCAUGCCCAGCGAAAGGCUCCUACUCACCUGCGAUGGAAAGAGGGUCGGUUUAGAGAUCAACCCCGUGGUGCCGGCGGACGCGGGUGUGUACUCUGUCCGGCUCAGCAAUCCGCUGGGCGAGGACACCAGCGAGGCCCCGGUCAACGUGCGCAAGGUCUACCAGCCGCCCACCUUCUCGCAGAAGUUCACCGACCUGCAGCAGCUACCGUCAUUGGACGCAAAGUUCUCGGCGCGCGUGCACGGCAAGCCAACGCCCGAGGUGUCGUGGUACCGAGACGGGCGGCCGCUCAGCGCCGGCGACAAGUACGGCAUCAAGCGCGACGGCGAAGCCUGCUGCCUCUACGUGCGCGACCUCGUGCCUGAAGAUGCCGGCACGUACAAGUGCGUCGCCAGGAAUAAGGAGGGCGAGGCCAUCUGCGAGGCCGCACUAGAGGUUGUCGAUAAAAUCGGUCGGCAGCAGCGCGCGGAGCCGCCUUCCUUCCUGAAGCGCAUCGGUGACGCGGAGAUAGUGCGCGGCCUGCCCGUCAAGUUCACCGCCUGCGUCACCGGCUCACCGGAGCCCGAAGUCGAAUGGUUCCGCAACGACGAGAAGCUGUUCCCGUGCGAGCGCAUUCGUAUGGACCACGAGUCGACGGGUCUGCUGCGGCUCAGCAUCAGCGGGGCGGACCACAGCGACGUAGGAACCUACCGCUGCAGGAUCUACAACCCGCACGGCGAGGACUCCUGCAUCGCCAACCUCACUUACGACACUCUCGAACCCGUCUCGAGUAAGCGGCCGAUCUCGGAGCAGUACUCGAACUUCGAUAAGAUGAAGAAGACUGGCGUGCCCAUGCCGCUCGGCGAUAAGCCCAUCAUCUCGCGCAUGGCCGACCGCCAUCUCACGCUCUCCUGGCGCCCCUCUAUCCCGCACGGCCCGCGCUUCCCCGUCACAUACCAGGUGGAGAUGUGCGAGAUGCCGGAGGGGGAGUGGUUCACAGCGCGCACGGGGCUGCGCUCCUGCGUGUGCGACAUCCGCAACCUGGAGCCCUUCCGGGACUACAAGUUCCGCGUGCGCGUCGAGAACAAGUACGGCGUGAGCGAGCCCUCGCCCUACGCGGUGACGCAGCGCGCGCGCCUGGAGCCCGAACCGCCCAAGUUCGUGCCCUACCUGGAGCCGGGCAUUGACUUCCGGCCGGAGACCUCGCCCUACUUCCCGCGGGACUUCGACAUCGAGCGGCCGCCGCACGACGGGCACGCGCAGGCGCCGCGCUUCCUGCGCCAGGAGCACGACGCGCAGUACGGCGUCAAGGGCCACAACGCCGACCUCUUCUGGUUCGUGUACGGCUACCCCAAGCCCAAGAUGACAUACUUCUUCAACGACGAGCCCAUCGAGAUAGGCGGCCGGUACGACUGGAGCUACACCAGGAACGGACAGGCCACUCUCUUCAUUAACAAGAUGUUGGAGCGCGACGCGGGCUGGUACGAGGCGGUGGCGACGAACGAGCACGGGCAGGCCCGGCAGCGCGUGAGGCUGGAGCUGGCGGAGUACCCGCGCUUCAUCACGCGCCCGCAGGAGACCGUGGUGCUGCAGCGUCGCACCGCCCGCCUGGAGGCGCGCGUCACCGGCGUGCCCUACCCCGACAUCAAAUGGUACAAGGACUGGCAGCCGCUCGCACCCAGCACCAGAAUCAAGAUGCAGUUCAUCGAGCCGGACACGGUGAUUCUGGUGAUCCACGACGCCAUUCUGAAGGACGAGGGCCUGUACUCGGUAUCGGCGCGCAACGUGGCCGGCGCCGUCAGCUCCUCCGCCAUGCUGCACGUCGAGGAGAGCGAGCACGAGUACUCCACCAGAAUCCGCGAGCACCCGCCGCGCGUGAAGCCGACCGGCAAACCCUUUGGCGACUUCUACGACAUCGGCGACGAGCUGGGCCGCGGCGUGCAGGGAGUCGUCUACCACGCCGCAGAGAGACUCACCGGUCGCAACUACGCCGCAAAGAUAAUGCACGGGCACUCGGAGCUGAAGCCGUUCAUGAAGAACGAGCUGGACAUCCUCAACCUGCUGAGCGACCGGCAUCUGGUGCGGCUGCACGACGCCUACGAGCGCGAGCACACACUGGCGCUGGUGCUGGAGCUGGCCGCCGGCGGGGAGCUCGUGCGCGACCGCCUGCUCAGGAGCCAGGGCUACACGGAGCGAGAGAUCGCGGGCUACGUGCGCCAGCUGCUGCGCGGACUGCGCCACAUGCACGACAACAGCAUAGCGCAUCUCGGCCUCACCAUCGGCGAGCUGGUGCUGUCGCACGCGGGCAGCGACGAGCUGAAGCUGUGCGACUUCGGUCUGUCGCGGCGCAUCCUGGCGGAGCGGCUGGCGGCGCUGCACUAUGGCGUGCCGGAGUACGUGGCGCCCGAGGUGGCGCGUGGAGAGGGCGUCUCCUACCCUGCCGACAUGUGGAGUCUCGGCAUCAUCACCUACAUCCUGCUCAGCGGACACUCUCCCUUCCGCGGUCUUAACGACAGGGAGACCCUCACCAGAGUGCAAGACGGUUCGUGGUCUUGGCACGACGAGUCGUGGUGGUCGCGAAUGAGUACGGAAUGCCGCGACUUCAUCUCGCGGCUGCUGGUGGUGGACUGGCGCCAGCGCAUGGACGUGCGCACAGCGUUGGACCACCCCUGGCUCACGCGCGCCGACAAGAUCUACCACGACGAGUUCCUCAUCACCACGGAUAGACUUCGGAACUACUACAACUUUUACAGGGACUGGAUGAGCAACGCGCAGUGCAGGACGUGGUUCCGCCGCCGGCCGCUCUCCGGCGCCUUCGACCACCCCUCCAAGAUGGUGUAUCCGCCCGGAGAGAUAUACACACCUGAAUAUCGUGGAUCGCCGGAGCGCGAGCCGCGGGACCGCGCGGCGCCGGACCUCAGCAUGCCGCACUGGGACCACCCCGACUGGGAGGUCUCCGCCACCUCCGAGAGCCACUACCAGAAUGGGCCGGACACGUACCUGCUGCAGCUGCGCGACACGCAGUUCCCGGUGCGCCUGCGCGAGUACAUGAAGGUGGCCUGCGACCGCUCGCCCGCAUACAACCUCAGCGUGCACGACGCAUACGACCCUCGAACUCCGAUCAUCCGCGAACGUCGUCGCUUCACCGACAUCAUGGACGAGGAGAUCGACGACGAGCGCCGCGACAGAAUCAACCGCUACGGCAGCGAGAGCUACACCAUCCGCCGGCUGCGCCACGAGCUCGGCACCCGCCUCGACAGCUAUGCGGAGGCCCAGGCUCUCAUGGAGGCCAAGAAGGACGGCCACCCGCCCUUCUUCAGGGAGAAGCCGCAGAUCCUCCCCAUCCGGGAGGGUGAGCCCGCCCAGCUCUCUUGCUACGCCGUCGGAGACCCCAAACCGAGCGUUCAGUGGUUCAAGAACGACAAGGUCAUCGCCGAGGGACAGCGCAUCAAGAUAAUCGAGGACGAGGACGGCCGCUCGACUCUCAAAUUCGACCCCUCGAUGCACCACGACGUCGGCUUCUAUAAGGUUGUCGCGAGAAACAAAGUCGGCCAAACCGUGGCGAGGACAAGAAUAGUGGAAGCCACCAGCCCCGACGCCCCCGACAGUCCCACCGUCGCCGACCUCUCCGACACAGAGGUGCUGCUCAGGUGGAAGCAGCCGAAGUAUGACGGCAACUCCCCGGUGCUGUGCUACAGCCUGCAGUACAAGGAGGGCGACAGCGUCGACUGGAAGACGGUCGCCGAGAACAUUGACCACGAGUUCUUUGUGGUGCGCGGCCUCCAACCCGAGACCAGCUACCAGUUCAGGCUGGCGUCUAGGAACAGGAUCGGCUGGAGCGACAAAGGCAUCCCGACCAACCUAGUGAAGACGAAGGAGGCGGGCGCCGCGAAAAUAGAAGUCACGAAAGCCAUGAAGCACCUGCAGCAGCUGACGGAAUCCGGACAGGAGAUCGUCUUGAACGAGGAGAAACCGAGACUGGACUACGGGGCCGAGAACGAGCCCAAAGACUGGGAUACGAGCGAGUCCUUCACCGAAAGGUACAGCUUCAUAUCGGAGCUGUGGCGCGGCAAAUUCUCCAUCGUCGUGAAAGGCAUCGACAAGACCAACGAUAGCGUCGUCGUCGCUAAAAUUCUGGAAUGCCGACCGGAAACCGAGAUUCAAGUACAAAGGGAGUUCGAAUGUUUGAGGAGGCUAAGGCACGAGAGGAUAUCUAACUUGUUGGGCGCAUACCAGACUCCCGGGUCGCCGGUGGCCGCGCUCAUUUUAGAAAAACUGCAAGGUGCCGAUAUCCUGACGUACCUCUCCAGCCGGCACGACUACACCGAGCAAAUGGUCGCGACCAUCGUCAUCCAGAUCCUGGACGCGCUGCAGUACCUGCACUGGCGAGGCUACUGCCACCUCGACCUACAGCCCGACAACGUGGUCAUGUCCUCGGUAAGGGCCAUACAGGUCAAACUCAUCGACCUGGGCUCCGCGCACAGAGUUACCAAGCUAGGAACCAGCGUGCCACAAGUGGGCGAACUGGAAUACAAAGCGCCCGAGGUGAUCAACGACGAGCCCGCGUUCCCGCAGAGCGACAUCUGGUCGCUGGGCGUGCUCACCUACAUCAUGCUGUCGGGCACGUCGCCCUUCCGCGGCGCUGACGACGCCGAGACCAAGCAGAACAUCUCCUUCGUGCGCUACCGCUUCGAGCACCUCUACAAGGAGAUCACACAGGAGGCGACGCGGUUCCUGAUGUUCGUAUUCAAGAAGGUACCCCUGAAGCGACCCUCAGCAGAGGAGUGCUACGAGCACCGCUGGCUCGCGCAGUCAGACUUCAUACACAAGAAACGCGAGAGAGCCGUCUUCCUCGGCAACAGGCUAAAGGAGUUCUCGGAUGAAUAUCACGAGAAGAAAGCGCGGGAAGCGUCUCAAGCUGACACCGUUGCGACGGCAUUCGGUCAGAUGGCCGCGCGACAUCUGACGCGCUCCAAUAGCAUUCAGGAGGAACUGCUCACCAACUUCUCCAGCCACUGACCACCGUUCACCACUCACUCACAGUGACCAUAAACUCACCAUUCAUAACCGCUCACCGUUAAACCAAACUAC